ACAAGUUUUUUUCGAUUCUAUUCUUCUGCGUUAUAUAGUGACGAUAAACAUUCUACUGACAAUUUCAAGGCGUUUCUUCUUUACGCUUCAAAGCCAUAAUGACUUCUUCAGUCCCCCAACUUGUCGGCCCGCCGGCGAUGUUGUUGGGUGAACCACCUUUCAACCUCUCCUUCACCACCACUAUCAACUCCGCUCUGGAAUCUCUAACAACCCAAGACGUGGACUUAAGCCUCACAGGAGAACCACCGAGGGGCAGAACGGAAAAUUUCUCUCCAACUUUUCUUUCAUCUGGUAACCCCUGUUUGGACUUUUUCUUCCACGUGGUUCCUGAUACGCCAUCUGAUCAGUUAAUCCAACGACUGGAAUUUGCUUGGGCCCAUGACUCUUUAACUGCUCUUAAAUUGAUUUGUAAUCUCAGGGGUGUAAGAGGGACGGGCAAAUCUGAUAAAGAAGGGUUUUAUACUGCAGCGAUUUGGCUUUUUAGUAAGCAUCCCAAAACCCUUGCUUUUAAUCUUAGGGCUAUUGCGGAAUUUGGGUAUUUUAAGGAUUUUCCAGAGAUUCUUUAUCGGAUUCUGGAAGGACCCGAAUCGAGAAAGAUCCAGAAAGAAGAAUGGAAAGAUAGAAAAAGAGAAGGGAAAAGGUUUUCUAGGAAAAUGAAUAAUUCGGGAAAAUUUAAGCAAGAAAGUGAUGGUAAAAUAGAGUUGUCGGAUAAGGAAAUUGAUGGGGUUUUAGAAAAUGUGGAGGAAAUGGGUAGUGGAAUUGACAAAGAGAAAGCUAGGAUUUUGAGGAAAGAGAGGGAGAAAGUGAAAGCGAAAAAGGCUUUAGAUAAGUACAAUUCUGAUUCUAGUUAUAGGUUUUUGUUUGACUGUGUUGCUGAAUUGUUUGCUGACUACUUGAAAUCUGAUAUUAAGUAUUUGAAUGAUGGGAAAUUGUUUGAUAUAAGUUUAGCUGCGAAAUGGUGUCCUUCGAUUGAUUCAUCUUAUGAUAAGGCUACUUUGAUAUGUGAGGGGAUCGCACGGAGAGUUUUCCCUCGUGAUAGUGAGAAAGAGUAUGAGGGUUUGGAGGAAGGGCAUUAUGCAUAUAGGGUUAGGGAUAGAUUGAGGAAACAAGUGCUUGUUCCAUUGCAUAAGGCACUUGAGUUGCCAGAGGUUUACAUGAGUGCAAAUGCAUGGAACUCGCUUCCUUACAAUAGGGUGGCCUCUGUGGCAAUGAAGACUUACAAGGAGUUGUUUGCGAAGCAUGAUAAUGAAAGGUUUCAGGAGUAUCUUGAGAAUGUGAAGACUGGGAAGGCGAAGAUUGCUGCAGGAGCAUUGCUUCCCCAUGAAAUAAUUGGGUCAUUGAAUGAUAAAGAUGGUGGGGAAGUUGCUGAGCUGCAGUGGUCUAGAAUGGUAGGAGAUCUUGCUAAGAAGGGGAAGCUGACAAAUUGUAUUGCAGUUUGUGAUGUUUCUGGGAGUAUGUCAGGGAUACCAAUGGAGGUUUCUGUGGCACUUGGUUUGUUGGUUUCUGAGCUCAGUGAGGAGCCAUGGAAGGGAAAAGUGAUUACUUUUAGUGAGAAUCCAGAGCUUCACUUGAUUGAAGGAGAUACUCUUAAAGCCAAGACUCAGUUUGUGAGGAACAUGGAGUGGGGUGGUAAUACAGAUUUUCAGAAAGUUUUUGAUCAAAUAUUAGCAGUUGCAGUGGAAGGAAAGCUCAGUGAAGAGCAGCUUAUAAAGAGGAUAUUUGUUUUUAGUGAUAUGGAAUUUGAUGAAGCCAACCGUUGUAAAUAUUUGGAGCACUUGUAUAGUAGUGUUAACAAUGCUGAAGAUGGAGAGAAUUUUGAGAAUUGGGAGAAGUCUUGGAAGAAAAGGGUGGAGCUUCUUAAGGAGUGGGAGCAGAAUCGAAAGGCCAUGAUGCAAAAGGAGUGGGAGACAGAUUAUGAAGUUAUACAGAGGAAGUAUCGUGAAUGUGGGUACAAUAGGGUGCCAGAGAUUAUAUUUUGGAACCUGCGAAACUCAUCUUCCACUCCAGUGGUUGCUAAGCAGAACGGAGUGGCAAUGGUGAGUGGUUUUUCAAAGAAUAUACUGACUUUGUUCUUGGAUGAAGGUGGGAUUGUGAACCCUGAGCAGGUCAUGGAAUUUGCCAUAAGAGGUGAAGAAUACAAGAAACUUGCUGUUUAUGAUUGACGUGUAAAAGUUCUUGUCAAUUGUGGCAUGGAUUAUGAAUAGUUGUUCUUUCUAUUAAAAUUACUGGUGAAAUCUAAUACAGACAAAGGUUUUGAAUAAUUAAUUUUUGUUUGUUUUUAAAACAGUGCUGAUUUAGUUUAUCCAAGGUUUUGUUGUCCUGGUUAUUUACUAUUCAUUUUAACGAUUGACAGAUUGAGGCUGCUGCUGUUUGACUAGUAGUAGUUUUAAAAUAAAGCAUUGCUCCUUCUC